AUGUUAUACAAGACGCUUGAGGUUUUCGCAUAUGGAACACUGCAAGACCUACCCGAAGAGGUGAAGCUACCGCCUGCUGCGUUGUCAAAACUACGGCAGCUCUCACUAAUCAGCCUCGCAGCGGCGAGUACAUCCAGUAGACAACUUCCUUAUGCCGAGGUGAUGAAAUUCCUUCGGUUGAAUUCUGUACGUGAGUUGGAAGACAUAGUGAUUGAUGCAAUUUAUAAUAAAUUCAUCAAGGCUCGUCUCGAUUCGAAAGGGCAGUUUAUUGAGGUGGAUGAUUGGGCAUCUCGUGAUACUCCUACAAGCUGUAUCCCUUCUGUAAUCACCACUUUGAACGAGUUUGCUCAACGUGUUGUGGAUGUCCGAAACAACGCGGUCGAGGAUGCUAAUAGGUAA